AAGUCAUCUGCCAGCAGAAUAUUAGAAUGCCGGGAACGUAAACCAUGUGCGCACAUGAUACACGAUACAGGAGGCAUGAUCAUCAUGAUUGCAGCCUGACGCUAACAUCUGCCGGCAUUUUUGCACUUAUAUACUGUGCUCCCGAGCAUGAGAUGGUAUUCCCUCUCCCAAAGAGCCCUUCUCGAUCUUCGUGAUACAACCUUGUAACGACAAUCAACGAUGCAUGCCUCUGUAAUCUACCUCGCAGUCCUAUCAAUGGCUGCUACCUUUGUCUCAUCUCGUCCAGGCGCUUCUCAUCUGACCCAGUCUUUCCGGGCGUUGUCGAGUCCGUCGUACAGAAGACAAAGCAGCUCCAUUCCUUCACAGUGCACCUCAACCUGCGACACUGUACAAAGUGAAGAGAGCGUCGGAUGUCCUAUCACUGCAUGCUGCACCCAGUCCUUUGAAACGACCUACUACAACUGCCUCUUAUGCGUUGGUACUGCAGAUAAUGUUACAGAUUACACACAGGCACAAACCGAUCUAGACGAACUAUACGUCGCUUGCGUCGAUUACGGCUAUUCACUCCAAGAGCUCACUUUCCCUGGUCAAAACCCAUCCCGCACUCUCUCAACUACUUCCCGUGCUGAAACCUCUACCGUUACCGGCACUUCACCUGCGUCCGUGUCGGUACCUACCAUCUCACAGAUCACUAUAUUGCCUUCAAGUACUUCGCCCGCCUCCUCUGGGACGUCGACCUCUGCCAGCGGCACUGCGACUUCGUCCACGUCCACGCCUGCAACCUCAGGUGCUGCGCUGGGGCUAGUGAGCGCAGGAGGAAGCGGAGUAUGGGCUUUGGUUACUGCUGCUAUAGGAUUGAUCGUGUUGCGCAAUAGCUGAUUGGAAGAACUGCUGUAUAAUUUUCCUGUGAUUCAUAUAUUCGGUGCUCGUCAACAUAAGGCUGGUUCGCAACCGCGCGGCUCAGGCAGCUACAUAAGUACUAGAUGUCAUUGGUUCACAUAGUACUAGCAUUAUGUAAUAAGUACAACACGUUACAGGUUGUCUUGCCCUGUUGUACAGUAGUGGUACUCGGAAUAAAUCUUGAAACUCCUUGAAAACUCG